ACCACGGAACUAGCUUAUAAACUUAAUCAGCCAUAUUGUUUGUGCUGUCCCGCUUUCUUCUCGGCCAGCUGUAGUCCGUCUUUAUUUCUGCCCUUCGUUCACAACUACAGGUGCCACCAUGUCCACUGAAAAAUGUUUUGCUAAUGGUAGCGCUGCACCUGGUCCAGUGCCCAAAGGCCUUAUCAGACUAUACAGCAUGAGGUUCUGCCCUUUUGCCCAGAGGACCAGAUUAGUGUUGAAUUCCAAAGGAAUCAAAUACGACACCGUCAACAUCAACCUGAGAGACAAACCAGAUUGGUUUCUUGAGAAGAAUCCUCUUGGUCUUGUCCCAACUCUGGAGACACCUGCUGGUGAGGUGAUAUAUGAGUCGUCCAUCACCGGUGAAUACCUGGAUGAAGUUUACCCUGAAAAGAAGCUGCUUCCUUCCUCUCCCUUUGCUAAAGCUCAACAAAAGAUGAUGCUGGAGCAUUUUUCCAAAGUGACACCAUACUUCUACAAGAUUCCGACAGGGAGAAAGAACGGUGAGGAUGUCUCCGGACUGGAAGCUGAACUGAAAGAAAAGCUUGCCAAAUUAAAUGAGGAGCUCGUUAACAAGAAGACCAAGUUCUUUGGUGGUGAUUCCAUAACAAUGAUUGACUACAUGAUGUGGCCGUGGUUUGAGAGGCUGGAGGUCUUAGAGCUGCAACAAUGUCUAGACAGCACACCUGAGCUGAAGAAGUGGACAGAGCUCAUGUUGGAGGAUCCUGCUGUCAAAGCCAGCACGUACAGCACAGACACCUACAAGGCCUUCUACAAAAGCUACAUGGAUGGGAAACCUGACUAUGACUAUGGUCUAUAGAAAGUUAGCACUGAGAGUACUGAACAACCUUCAGCCGUCCUUUUAUGUUGCUGUCAUGAGUCGGGUAUGUGUCAAAACUCUGAUGGGACAUAUGAAGGGAAACCUCUGAAGAACAAAUUUGAAUCCUUUUGCAAAUAAAAAAAAAAAAAAAAAAAAAA